UCAUGCUGGGAAAUUCUCCGGGGGAAAUUACACUGCGGCGCGCAUGCGCACUGGCGUACAGGCGCAGAGUCGCGGUAUCGGUUUUAUUUGCAGUUUGAAUUUGAGCUGAUGUGCAAAAGAAGAAGAGGUCAGUGUUUGUGGCUUCUCUUGGAUGGACGUCGUCUCCUCGAACAGCAACAUGACAGUAAUCUCACCCGAUAAGGUACUUCAGCGUGAGCUGAGCACCCUGAGCAAGCACAUGCCCUCCUGCAUGGUGCAGCAGAUUUCUGAUUGCCUGCGCCGCUCGCGUGCACUCACUGACUACGAGGUGCAGGUGAUCUGUGCCGGGGCCACAGACAUGCAACAAGCUACAUGUCUCCUGCAAACACUCCUGCACAAGGGCCGCACGCCUUGUCUGCUCUUCUUCCAGUGCCUGAAUGCAUGCAGCCCCUCACUCUUUCGUACCGUCACCAGAGGCUUGGUGAAAGUUUCUGAUGAGGCUCACCACCAUGUGGAGAAGUCUUCCUUUUCAGAGGCAACCGGAAAUGUUCCCCCAUGUGUCAUAAACAUUAACAAUUCCUCGUUGAGCAACUGCAUCAUUGGAAACAACAACAGCUUGUGCUGUUUACUCUCUCAGUCUGAUGUCAUUAACGUAGAGCAUACGCAGAGGAGUCAGCACAGGGAAACACCAGACUCUACAGAGGCUCAUAAUGUUCAGGUGGAGAGCUCCAACGUAGAGUAUGUCAUCAUAGGGGACAGAAACUAUAUGAGCGUUGAGAGCAGUCUGGACUCAGAACAUCAGGAAGAAACGGAUAGUGUGCCAGAGGAUUUGGAGGGAUAAAGUGGAUGAGAUGCUGAAGAUGGAGACCACAGACUGUAUAUAAAAAUAUACGUUCCUUGAUGGAGUCAUAAAAAACAUGUUGUCAUAUGCAAAGAAACUCAGGUGAUGCUUUACACAGGCACUCAGUGUAAAACCAGUGGUUAAGAAAGUAUACACAUUUGUGUGAUUGAUAAUGCUAUGUUCUCUGAAGCGCAUAACAGUGUAAAUGCUGCUGUCUCGUAACUAUCGGUUUUGAUUAUAUCAGUGCCUCAGUAUUGAUUUGUUUUCUGUUACAAACCGACUUUAUAUUUUAAUAAGCUAUGUGUUACUGCUUUUGUGCAUUUUUAUGCUUCACCCGUAAUUAUUUUUUUAUGUUUAUAUAAGAUAUGUUAUUUAUUAAGGGCUAUAAACUUUUAGUCAAAUA